UCAUGCUGCUGCCAGGUCCAGAGUCUGUCCAUGGGUCACUUGUACGGCCUCCCAUUGCUGCUGUCUCCAUCGCCACACUCUGCCAUGUGCCACUUUCGCAGGUCUCCUCACACUGCUGGUGUGUUCCAUUUUUUGUCCAUAGGGUGCUGGCAGAUUACGGGCCUCCCAUAGCUGCUGCCAGGCCCCCUAAUCUGCCAUAGGCCCCUAUAAUACCGCCUCCUCAUGCUGCUGCCAAGUCCAGAGUCUGUCAUGGGUCCCUGUACGGCCUAUCCGAUUUGCUGCUGUCUCCAUCGCCACACUCUGCCAUGUGCCACUUUCAGGUCUCCCUCACACUGCUGGUGUGUUGAAUUUUUUGAC